AUGCACGAGGGCGUGCGCAAGUAUCCGACGGUGGUGCGCGGCGCGCUCAAGGUCAACGGCGUCGGCGUGGGCUUCGACGCGGAGGCGCGCGCCGAAAUCAUCAUGGCGCAGGUGAAGGCGCAGGAGGACAAGCUCAAGGUGCUCGAGCGGCUUACGCCGCUGCUCGGCCGGCAGGCCGCCGAGCUCUACGGCCGCUUCGCGUGCAAGCCGUCGACCACCUUCAACCACCAAGCGCGCGGCAACGAGCCCUCCAUCUCGCGCGACGCCUUGGUGCCCGGGUACCGCUUGAUCACGUCCAUGCCCAUGGUCUGGAGCGUCGUGCUCUGCGUGGAGGUGCGCUAA